AUGUUUGGGCAGGUGCCAGAACUGCGGUGCGAGGUUCGCCGUAGAGGUCUUGACCCAGUCGGUACUCGGAAGGAGCUUACGCAGCGCUUGAUAGCCCAUGAUUGGGAGAAUGGAGAUCAGUCCAUUGUGGAUCCGCGGGCAUUUGGCAGGAGCCAGCAGGUUGGAGAAAUGCGACCGGUGGCGGUUGCCGCCAAAAGACGGAUAAAGAGGCGGCGAAAGCAAAUAGGAGACUCUGCGAGGGUUGAAGGCAGCACUGUUUCCGCGCAACCGCAGGAAACAGCCGUGAAGUUGCAAGAAAGUGAUGACGGCCUUCAAGCUGAAACUGGCUUUGACCUCGCGGAAGACGAGCUGCGACAGGCUAUGCAGAAACUUCUGUCUGCUCACGGACAACAGCAGAGCAGUCAGGAGGCAAGCCCACAACGUGACGAUGCACCAGAUACUGCCACGGAAGCGGCCAGUGAGGCAGUUGCCGUGGUGAGUCCUGAAGUUGAGGCCCUCAAGUUUCAGGUUCAGCAGGCAAUGAAGAGAACGGCGCAAGCGCAGAUGCGCCUGCGCCGCAAGAAAGCAGAAGAGAUUCUGCUCACUGGGCUGGUGAAACAUUGCGAAGCGGCCUGCAAAGUCUACCGCUUACGCAGCGAUGCCACUUAG